AGUACGCUGGGAUUUGCUGGAGGAGUCUAUUAUUCCCGAGUCAAUGACAAUUUCCACGAUUUCUUCACCGAAUAUGUACCUUUCGGAGAAGAUGCGGUGUUGUACUUUGAGGAGAGGGAAUUUCGAAAAAGAUUUCCGAAGAUUGCAGGUAGAGGUUCUCGACCAAGAGAUACUGGAGCUUCAGUCAAUAUACCAAGCCAGAGCGGAGUAUCAUGGAAGGUCGCUGAAGAGAGCAAGCCGGGUUCUACAGGACGGCAUGCCGAUGCUACGAAACCCGACGCUGCGAAGCCUAAAGAAGCCCUGCGAGAUCCAACGGAGACGAAGCCAGCAGAAAAGGUCAAGGCCGUUGAAGACGUCAAGAAAUCGGAUACUCCUGCGCCCAGCAAGUCUAUACCUCCCGCUGGAAAAUCACCAGAGUCACAGCCUCCAGCAAAACCAGGCCAUCCCGUGAAAGCUGAGCAAACAGCGACAAAGGGGCCAGCCCCUGUUCCUUUCGUCCCCCCAGAGGUUGAUCAACCCUCAAAGUUUCCGCCAGAGGUCACAAUGAUUGAUCCAAUCAACAUCAGGGAUGCUGACGAGCCCGUGGUUCAAGACUUAGUCAAGAUGCUCAACGACAUCAUCACUGCUGUCAAUGCCGAUAAUGCAAACCAAAGAUACUCUGGCACAAUCGUCAAGGCCAAGGGCGAAUUAACAAAAGUCGGAUCCAAGAUCAAAGGCUUGAAAGCCGCCAUACAGAAGGAGGCCGAAGCCAAAAUCAGGGCCGAGAAGGAGGAUUUUGAUCGUGCUGCGAAAGAACUCAUUCGACGCGUAGAAGCUGAGAUGCAACACCAGCAAUCAGAAUGGCAAGAAGAAUAUCAAACCGAACGCCAGAAGAUUGUUCAAAAUUAUGAACAAAAGCUGAAAGCUGAAAUCGAGAAAGCAAACGAGGUCAAUGAACAACGUUUGCGUAACAGUCUUCUGGAGCAGGCAAUUGAGAUGAAACGCAAAUUCAUACAAGAAGUGAAAGACAAGGUCGAAGAAGAGCGUGGUGCUCGUCUUGGCAAGCUUUCUGUUUUGUCGAACACCGUCAACGAGCUGGAGAAGCUCACUACAGAUUGGAACUCAGUAGUUGAUGCUAACUUGAAGACUCAACAUCUCCAUGUCGCUGUUGAGGCUGUCCGCUCCAAUCUGGAGAAAAGCGAGAUCCCUAGGCCAUUCGUCCGAGAACUUGCAGCCUUGAAAGAAAUUGCUUCGGACGAUCCCGUCGUAAAUGCUGCAAUCGCAUCCAUCAACCCUACUGCUUAUCAAAGAGGAGUUCCUUCAUCAGCACACCUUAUUGACCGAUUCCGCCGCGUUGCAAGUGAGGUUCGUAAAGCUUCAUUGCUUCCCGAGGAAGCUGGUGUUGCGAGUCACGCUUCGAGUUACUUAUUGAGCAAAUUAUUAUUCAAGAAGAAGGGUCUCGCUACCGGAGAUGAUGUGGAGAGUAUCUUGACCAGAACAGAGACUUUCCUUGAGGAAGGUGAUCUGGAUAACGCGGCAAGAGAGAUGAAUGGGCUGCAAGGAUGGGCAAAGACGUUGAGUAGGGACUGGCUGGGCGAGGUUAGGAAAGUGCUCGAGGUGCAACAGGCUCUAGAUGUCAUUGCUACAGAAGCCCGAUUGCAAAGCUUGAGGGUCGAAUAG